AUGACGGGGGCGUCGAGCAUCACCGUCGAGCAUCACCGGAAUCACCGGUCGCCAGCGCGCGGUUUGACGCAGGGCGGCGGCGGCGGCGGCGAGUUCGUCGACGAGCUCGACCCGGAGGACCUCGAGCAGGGUAACCGGCGCCGAGAGCUCUGCACCACCGACGACGGUCUGCGUGGCGUCUGCAAGAAGGAGCGACGCUGCCCCGAUGACCGACUGGCACUGAGCUCUUCCGUCACUAGUCGGUGGCGGCGGUGGAGUGGCUUCCCGCCAGCCACUACCAAACCCACAACUACAACUACAACUACAACGACGACGACUACCACUACCACCCAGAAGCCAACAGUUCCCUCCACGCCCGAGCGUCUGACAGAGUGUGGUGUGCCUACUCCGAUCCGGAUUCCGCCGGCCUGGCAGCGGUCGGUCACGCGGAAGCGCCGCGCCACGCCAGGGCCCUUCAUUCCCUUCAUCGUCGGCGGGAAGGACGCCGAGAUCGGCAAGUGGCCCUGGAUCGCGCUGCUGGGCACACGACAGGACGGUGGCAAGCCGUUCUGGUUCUGCGGCGGCGCCCUGAUCGACAGCCAGUACAUACUGACGGCGGCGCACUGUCUCCGGCCGCGAUCUUUCGACCAGAGCAAGCUGGUGGUGCGCCUGGGCGAGUACGACACCACCGACGACAACGACGGCGCCAACCCGCAGGACUUCACCGUGGAGCGGGUCACCAAUCAUGCCAACUUCAAGUUCCCGCAGCUGCACGACGACAUCGCGCUGGUGAAGCUCUCCAGUCCGGUGCCGUACAGUGACCUGAUCAAGCCGAUUUGCCUGCCGCCCGGCUCCAGCGGCGACUACGCCGGCUCCCGGAUAGACGUGGCUGGCUGGGGCUACACAGAGUUCGGUGGCGAUGCCAGCAACGUGCUGCAGGAGGUUAGCCUGCCUGUGGUGGGCAUCAACGAGUGCCAGUCCAAGUACGAGUCGGCGUCGAGCUUCCAGAGACAGUUCCCAGGCGGCUUCGGCGACACCAAGCUGUGUGCCGCCGAGAAGGACGGCGGCAAGGACGCGUGCCAGGGCGACUCUGGCGGACCGAUGGUGCUUACGGGUGCCGACGGCAAGUAUCAGCUGAUUGGCGUCGUGUCGGCCGGAGUGGGCUGCGGCACUCCCGGCUUCCCCGGAGUGUACACUCGCGUCAGUGCCUAUCUGGACUGGAUACAGCAGAACAAGUUCUGAUGCGUCUUUGAAGACACAGAGACGUCCGACAAAGCGUGCCUUCAGGCCCCAACUAUGAGCCUGUUCAUCGUGAUUCGAUAUUGUCUGUAUGAAAAUUGUAGCAAACCCUUAGACGCGCGGAGUGCCUUGAGAAGAAACCAUUCCAGGCGAAAAAGGUGAAGACGGUCAGCUGCAUUGUUACCGCAGCUGUUUACAUCAGUACUAUUUUGAACAAUUUCUCACUAACUGUUGCUAUAAAGCUGCCCAUAAUUCGCAUAUACCUGAUGCACACGGGCAUGGUUAGAAUUGAUGCAGUGGAUUGUCUGUCUCUAGAUCAAGACGAUUAAAGCGGUCCGUCUGCUCUAGCAAUGUGCGUGAGUGAGGAAAUAUUCUGGGCUGAUGACGUUGAGUUAGUGAUCCUUGUUGAAGCGAUCUUUAAAAAGGGAAGACAUGCUGACCAGCUUGUCACACUUGGUGCCUUCUCUCAAUGCCAGUGCUGAGCGAGUCCACCCAGCUAUGGGAGCGGUGAGCAUUGAUCGUCGCAAUUCGUUCCACACUUUCUCGAAGAGCCAGACGAGAACCGUGGAGCUAAGUGAGUGUGCCGUUUUUUCUCAGCCUAAACCUUUUACAGCACUCGUGACAUUUUUAUUUCGGCUGACAAUAUUUGGAUCAGUGGCGUUGAUCUUGAACCGGACUGCAAUAAACCUUUUACUUGAAA